AUGAAAGCCGCAAAUUUAUUGAUAAAUAAUGCCGGCGUGCUUCAGAUAGCGGAUUUUGGUCUUGCCCGGCCCUAUGACGAAGCGCCACCUGUUGCUGGUAAGGGAGGCGGAGAAGCAAAGAGAGAAUAUACGACGCUGGUUGUCACCCGCUGGUAUCGGCCGCCGGAACUUCUUCUCCAAUUACGUCGCUAUACUACCGCGAUUGACCUGUGGGGUGCUGGGUGUGUUUUCGGCGAAAUGUUCAAGGGGAAGCCUAUUCUCGCCGGAACCAGUGAUCUUAAUCAAGCACAGCUUAUAUUCAACCUUGUGGGCUCCCCCACGGAGGAAAACAUGCCAGGGUGGAGUUCGCUACCAGGAGCAGAACCCAUACGGUCUUUUGGCUUCAAGCGCCCAACACUUGCCACUGUUUUUCAUGAACAAGGCCCUGUUGCAAUAUCUCUUCUAACAGAACUUCUGAGGCUCGAUUGGCGCAAGAGAAUAAAUGCCAUCGAUGCUCUCAAGCAUCCAUAUUUCACUACCCCUCCGCUGCCCGCUAGGCCGGGCGACCUUCCUUCAUUUGAAGAUUCUCAUGAACUUGACAGAAGAAAGUUCCGAGGACAAAAGGCUGCAUUGCCCCCUGCACCUGCUGGUGGAUCAGUUGGGAUGGGAGCUCAUGGUGAAUGGACCUCAGGCUCUUCUCGGGGAGCACCCACCACAGAUCCAAAGAAAAGUCGCGUUCCACAAGCAGCUCGCUCUGGUUACGGGAAUAACAUGCACCCAUCGUCCCGACCCCCUUAUGACAGUCGCAUGCCUGACCCAGUCCACGGCCACAAGCGAAAGGCCUCCGGUGAGCCUCACAGCCACCUUCCGGCAUGGCAACGGGAUGCAAACUUACCACCCAAGCCACCCGCGCCUGCUAACCCUCAAUGGCAAACUGGUUCCCGUCGUGGUGGAGGCCCAGGCCAAGAUAGCAGGCGUGAUAGGCCCCCGAUACCCCGAGGAGGUGGGGGUAUAAGUGACAGUGGGCGAGAUUCAUAUGUUCCUAAUUACGUCGGCGGUGGUAACGACAGGUAUCGAUCGGGGGUUGAUGGACCCAUGCCUCCACGACGAGAUAAUAUAGAUCCGGCAACAAGAGAUCGAUAUUGGCGGCCAAGCCGAAGUCGAAGCCCAGAAAUGAGAGACCGCAGUCGAUCGGGAGAUCCUGGUUCUUUAUCCCAUCAUCUGUACAGGCGCUAA